GAUAUACCGUCCGCGGCCGCGGCGGUGCGUGUGGACUGUGGAGCGGCGUGCGCGACACCACGCGCCGACCAAUCGCAUCUGGACGGAACCGUUAGAAGUUUCCGUUGUGUGCGCGUUUGAACGAUCUAGUGCACAUUUGUCAUCUGGGUGCGUGAACCACUCCCGUUCGUUCCCCGUUACCGCGUUUUCACGAACCUCGUUAAAACAAACGGAGCAACAUGGCUGUUAACGUGUACGCCACAAACAUGACAUCUGACAACCUUAGUCGCCACGACAUGCUGGCUUGGGUAAACGACUGUCUCCAGUCGUCGUUCACCAAAAUUGAGGAGCUGUGUACUGGAGCAGUCUACUGCCAGUUCAUGGACAUGUUGUUCCCUGGCAGUGUACCUCUGAAAAGGGUCAAAUUCAAGACCAACUUGGAACAUGAAUACAUACAGAAUUUCAAAAUCCUUCAAGGUGGCUUCAAAAAGAUGAAUGUGGACAAGAUUGUACCAAUUGAUAGGCUGGUGAAAGGCAGGUUCCAAGACAACUUUGAGUUUUUACAAUGGUUCAAGAAGUUCUUUGACGCAAACUACUCGGGAGCAGAGCCGUACGAUGCGCUUGCAAUGCGAGGAGGGGAGCCUAUGGGUAGUGGUGGAAGUAAUGCACCCCGUGGUUCUAACGUGAAACGUACUUCUCCACGUGAAACAGUAACUUCGACUAAAUCCGCUGCCCCUCGUACUGGUGAGGGACAUCCAUCUUCGAUGCGCGCAGAUAGUGCAAACACAUUAGUAAAUAAGCCUCAACCGUACCGUGCGUCACCCAAGAGCACCGUGGUCGGCAAUCGUGGUGACACUGGAAAAAUCGAGGAACUUAGCGCACAAUUGGUCGAGUUGAAAAUGUCGGUCGAAGGUUUGGAGAAAGAGAGGGACUUCUAUUUCGGGAAAUUACGCGACAUAGAAGUGAUGUGCCAAGACUGCGACAACGGCGAUCCUCCACCUAUUAUACAGAAAAUUUUAGAAGUCCUUUAUGCAACAGAGGAUGGUUUCGCACCGCCCGAGGAAUUGGAAGGCGACGGACUCGCGCCCGACGACGAGGAGGAAUAUUAACCUUUUUUAUUUACGGAUGUACUCGCGAGAACAGCAGCAAAUUAUCCAAGUGCGUUUCAGUUUACCAUGUCUGUGAGCCAGUACCAGUACCCCUUGCAUAAUUAUUAAGCUACUUUACAUAGCAGACAUACAUCAGCAGGUAGCAAACUGUGCGUCCGUCUUGUUGAUGAAAUUCUCACCGAAAUCAUUAAGAAUCGCGCACGGCAUUAGGAUAGGAAUAACUCGUGUAGUGCACUUGAAUAACUUGUUCUUUAUGGCCGUUGACGAAGGGGAGAAGCGAGAAAGAUAGAGAGACGAGAGACGAGAGAGAGAGAGAGAGGGAGAGAAAAGGGAAGGGAGAAAAGAGAGGAAAGAAAAGAAAGAAAUUGAUUAGUAAUCUUUUACAAGAUAUUACAAUUCCUUAUUACGUCACAAGCGAUAGAGUUCCGAAGAAUCAACGACUCUCGAAUCGUCGCAAAGAUCCGUGGGUACCGAUAUCUUGCAAAGUUAUCCGCAUCCAUCCGCUAUAUUGUUACGCAACGGCGAUUUACGUUACAUGUACACAUCUUUUUUAAUGCGUGUUUUGUUUGUAAAUGUAUUAAGUUUGUCGAGUCAACUCGAAAUUCCCGUCAAUCCUUAUUGCCUUGAAAGAGCUAUAUUAUUCGUAGCUUCUAUCCGAAAUGUUAUACCCGCUGAGACAGAGCUGUUCGAUUUGUUCAAGUCGUUUUCUACGCGCAAUGUAAAUGGCUGGCGCAUUCGGUGGUUCUCGCGCGGAGUAGUAGAUUCUCCUGUCGGAGCGAAACAAUGCAUCCCCCUAUCAUCAUGUUAGUGAUUAAAAUUUAAUUCCGCUUAUUGAUAUUCUAAUACGUGUCUCAUCGCGGAAAAGAGAAAAUAGAAAAAGAAGAAAGGAAAAAAAAAACAGACAAAAAAAGAAGGAAAGAGAAGAAAGAUAUGCUACUGUAUAAUACAUCCGUAGAACAACGUACGAACAACAUCCGAGCAUACUCUAAUUUUGGUAAAUUAGACAGUGUGCGCUUCAUGAAAGCAUAUUGUGAGACAAAACGGUACGCUUAUGCAUCGAUCACUGAAUUGUAAGAUUGUGAAAGACUAAUUAAAGUUAGAACUCGAUAUAUCGAAUGAUCCGUCUAUAUUAACGUUUAUCCCGUACAAAUCGAUUCCAGGAAAGAAACCAUCACGUUCUCUCUCGCGAAUAAGAAUGGCCUUAAAUCGACGAGAUUUGAAUUUGAAUUUGAGAUUUCGGAGAAAGAUACGGAGAGAAAGAGAGAAUCGAGCGCGAAGCUCUUCUUCGAGAUAUUUAUCUCGAAAGAAGCAACGAGACAAAUGCGCGACUAUAUUGCUGAAAUCACUUUUGCAAAAGGGAAUGAAGGAAGGAGGGAAACUGUAAAAUUGUAUGUUUUUGGAGAGCAGGGACACACACACACGAAUGAAAGACAACGAAAACGAAAGAGAGUUUACGCGACACGUAGACGCGCUCUUACGAGCGCUCUCACAUGUCUCCACAUUAACGUUUUCACGCGUGUGCUUUACUCGUUACGAGAUGAGGUCAAUCACAAACUGAUCGUAGGCGAUCGUGAGAAUACCGAGCGAAAAGAGUGUGGUGAUCGUUUGUCUAGAAUAUAAUUUGCACUGCGUACGCGACUCUCGCGACUCAAAUUGCCGGCUUUCGUGGGAUACACCUUGGAUAUGAUACACUUGCGCUCCGUUUGUCGCUCUAUAUGUGCGCGCAUAAAUGUGCUUCGAAAUUUGAACUUUUAAUGCCGAUGUAAUAAACGUUCAAUAAAAUCCAUCUGAAUGCAAA